AUGACAUUAAGAACCGCCAUUCUUUCAGCCUUCGUGGCCGUCAUCCUGCCCAGCUGCCAAGCACAAGCACCUGAGCCGGUUGUUUACAACGAACCAGCUACAGGAAUCACCUUUGAUACAUGGAAUGUGCCCUCCAGCUCAAAGGCUGGUGGCCUAACGUUCGGCGUAGCAUUGCCUAGCAAUGCACUUAAAUCAGACGCUACUGAUUUCAUCGGAUACCUACACUGUGCAGCUACCGAGGAGUCCGCGGCAAAUGGCUGGUGCGGUAUCACCUUGGGUGGCUCCAUGACAGACGCCCUUUUAUUCGUUGCGUACCCAGAUGGCGACACCGUGCGGACCUCCCUACGUUUCACCUCGGAAUACGCAAUGCCUGGCGUAUACAGUGGCAACGCGACCGUAAAGCCGAUUUCCUCCACUGCCAACUCGACUGGUUUCUCGUUGAUCUUCCAUUGCCAGGACUGUCUGCAUUGGUCGCAGGGCGAGACUACUGGUAGCGCAUCUACCAGCAGUGGUCUCUUGGACUUGGGCUACGCACAGUCCGUCAAAGCACCGAGCAAUCCAUCCUGUGCGACCGAGCUGAAGCUUGUUCGACACGAUCUACAGGGCACGUGGACGGCGAUGCUUGAUGAUCAUGCUGCGAGCGAUUACUACGAGAAAUGGUCGGCCCAAGCAAAGGAUGCAGUCCCUGACAAGUGCUCUGCGUAA